GUGACAGGUGAACUUCCUUGACUAGAGCGGCGGUUUCGAGCGUCAUAACUUUUCGUAACACUGACCUCUUGGUAAUAUCUACUUGGUUUCAGCACGAUCCUCGACUAAUGAAGCUGGUGUAGAUCGAUCAAUACCGACCUUACAGCAAGCGUUAAUUGACAUGAAGACUGCUGUUAUUCGUUGAUUUCCAUCUCUUUGUAACGUUACAUGCAGUAAAAUGGCACAUGCAAGUUUCUUUCAAGACAAAUUUAGUUGUCCCGUGUGUCUGGAAUUGCUAAAAGACGCAGUGACUAUUCCCUGUGGUCAUAGUUAUUGUAUGGGGUGUAUUACAGACUGCUGGAAUAAGGAGGAUGAGGCGGGAGUCUACAGCUGCCCUCAGUGCAGGCACACAUUUAAUCCAAGACCUGUUUUAUAUAAGAAUGUGAUGUUUGCUGAAGUUGUGGAAGAGGUAAAGAGCACAAAACGUAAAAUAAUUGCUGGUCCUUCUGAUAGCUGUUCUGCUGGCCCUGAAGAUGUGAAACAGUGUGACAUAUGUACUGGGAAGAAAGACAAAGCUGUAAAGUUCUGUCUAUUCUGUCGUGAAUAUUACUGUCAAACUCACUUAAAACUGCACAAUGAGUUUCACUCAAGUAAACCGCACAAGGUAACUGACGCGAGUGGACGACUGAGGAUGAUCUGCCCUCAACAUGACCGAGUGUUGGAGGUUUUCUGCCGUACUGACCAGCAGUGCAUUUGUUUGCUCUGUGUUGUGGACGACCAUAAAAACCACGAUAGUGUAUCGGCUGCAGCAGAAAGGACUGAGAAACAGACACUUUUGGGAGACACACAGAGAAAAGUUCAACAGAGCAUCCAGGAGAGAGAGGAGGAGAUUCAGGAUCUGAGAGAGGCUGUUAGGUCUCAUAAGAGAUCUGCACAGACAGUAGUGGAGGAAAGUGAGGGGAUCUUCACUGAGCUGAUCCACUCCAUUAAGAGACUUCGCUCGGAGGUGACACAGCUGAUCAGAGAUCAGGAAGAGACUGCAGUGAGCCGAGCUGAAGGACUCUUAAAGCAACUGGAGCAGGAGAUGUCUGAUCUGAGAAACCGGGAUGCUGAGCUAAAGCAGCUAUCAUACAUAGAUGACCACAUUCAAUUCUUGCAGAGUUUUCAGUCUCUCUCUGCAGCUCCUGAAUCUAAAGUAUCAUGCAACUUUUCUCUCCUCUCAUUUGAUGAUGUGAGAAAAUCCGUCUCUCAACUGAAAGACAAAGUGGAGAAUUUCUGUAGAGACGAGAUAGAAAAGAUGUGUGAUAGAGUUACACAUAUCAGAAAUUUUUCUGAGGAACCCAAGACCAGGAAGGAGUUUUUGAAAUAUUCCAGUCAGUUCACACUGGAUUCAAACACGGUGUAUAAACACCUCCGUCUGUCUGAUUGGAACAAAACAGCAACUUGUACCGAUACUGACCAACCGUAUCCUGAUCAUCCAGACAGAUUUGAUUCCUUGCAGCAGGUGUUGUGUAAAGAGAGUGUGACUGGAUGCUGUUACUGGGAGGUUGAGUUGAGUGGAAGUGCCGGUGUGUCAAUUUCAGUGUCAUAUAAGAGCAUCAGCAGGAAGGGAAAUGGUGUUGAGUGUGUAUUUGGAGGAAAUGGUCAAUCCUGGAGUUUGUUCUGCUUGCCAACCAGCUACUUUUUGGUGCACAAUGGUAAGCGGACCAAACUCCCUGUGUCCAUCAGUUGCUCUAGAAUAGGAGUGUUUCUGGAUCACAGGGCAGGCACUCUGGCCUACUACAGAGUCUCCGACACAAUGACCCUCAUCCACAAAGUCCAAACUACUUUUACACAGCCUCUCUAUCCUGGGUUUCUUGUUAAAAAUGGAUCUACAAUAAAAUUGUAGAAUUGCACAAAACAGAUGUGCAAAGGUUGAAGUUAUUUUGAAGGUUAGGAAAAUUACAUUCCACACUAUUGUAUAUAGUGCUGUUACAGAGCCAAGAGUAAAAAUAACUUUUAUUUCAAAAAUAAUUUAAUCACUUCAAGUUCAGAAGAUGUUUAUUUGGCAUUGCUUUAUUGAGCAUUUAACAAAUACUGUGAUAUUGCCAUAAGUACAAAUUAAUAGUUUAAACAAAUAUAUUUUUUAUUUUGACAUGGUGAAAUUAUUUAUCAGUCCACUUUUCAACUGUAUCUGCUGAAUCUUAAAAUCGUUCAUGUUAUAGAACUGAUGAUUGUUUUUUUUUCACACAGUGGACAAAAUUAAAAUGCAAUGUUGUCAGGAUGGUUGUAUGUUGAACCCAGAUAUGUAUCUGCCAUGAUCAUAUCAGAGAGUUAAUACAGUUCUUUU